AUGUCCGCCAUCCUCACCACCCUCGGACUUCGCGCCGCGCCCGGCCAGCAGCCGCCAAACCAUGCCUCGGCCUUUCUGGUGGCCAAUUGGCUCUUUGCAUACGUGCUGAUGAGCACCCGCGGGUCCAAGUUCCGCUAUGGAAUCGACAACAAUGUCGCACCGCGAGAAGACCUGUCCAAGUACGGCGAGGCGGCCGUCCAAGCGGGCAAGUUGAGCCGAAGCACACUGAACAAGCUCAAGCGCCAGGAGGCAGCGCACGCAAACGCAGUCGAGGGCUAUCCUCUGUUUGUUGCAGCCAUCAUCCUCUCCGUCUUGGCCGGAGUCCCCAACGAAACCAUCAACACCAUCGGGGUGUGGUACACAGCGUCCCGGAUUGCCUUUAGCCUGGCGUACUCGUACAUCGAAUCGAAGCCGCUGAGCUUCUUGCGCUCGGUGGUGUGGUGGUCGGGCAACAUCAGCUGUAUCACAGGUCUGGUGUUGGCAGGAAAGAAGCUGUAG